AUGUCAUUGAUAAAUGACUUUUUCUUGGCAAAAAUCAAGUUAUGCGAUGUGACAUUAUGGUACAAGUUACUACAGAACAAAUACGGCGAUAUUUUCGAAACUUAUAUUGGAAGUUUUCGAAGAAUUGUACUCUCUCGAGCAGAUUAUGUUGAAAAAUUAAUGUCACCGUCCACAAAAACCAAUUACGUAUUGAGAACGGAACAAAUGCCAGAAUAUGAUGAGAUAAACACUACGGGAAAAGGAAUUACAUUUAAUACAGACAUUCCUACUUGGAGAUUUAAUCGACAAUUCUUUUCACAAGUAGUUCUUACUCUGAGUUUCUCAAAAGAGGCCUUACUUAGUACUCCGAUACUUUUCAAUGAAUUAAAUGGAUAUUGGAAAGAAAUCGGAGAUGAUGUACCAAUUGAUUUUGCGAUUUGGAUACAUAAAUUCACCACUGAAGCUAUCUUUCAAUUGGUUGUUGGAGUAAAAGUUAGCGCAAUGACAAAAUAUUUUAAUGAUAACGUAGAAUUAUCAAAGAGAAAGUAUAUUGAGCCAAGUCAUAUAGAUGAAGAAAUUAAAAAUUUUGAUCAAAUCAUUGAUACUCGUCUAAGAAAUACAAUAUUUCUCUUUACAGUCCCGGCUUUUUUAAGACAAACAAUUUUUAAAAAAAGGAACGAUGCAAUGCAUGAGAAUAGAAAUAUGACCCAAAGAAUUAUAACGAAAAUUAUUGAUCAUCGUCGAAAAGAAAUUGAAGAUCACAAGGAAGUAAAAAGUAACCUGUUGACAUUAUUAAUCACAGCCAAUACUGAACAUGUUGAUGGGGAAUAUUCUAAACCUUUAACCAAUGAUCAUAUUUCUCAAAUUUUAAUUGAGGCUAUUACUGGAGGAAUUGACACAACAGCAAAUUUAUUAUGUUUUAUCGUAUAUCAUAUGGCUCAUUACCCUAAUGUAUUAGCUCGCUUGCGAGAAGAAUUAAAUAACAUUUUUGGUUCUGAACAAAAUCGUCAAAUUACGAUGGAAGAUCUUUCAAAAAUGCAUUAUACAGAAGCUAUAAUCAAAGAAUGCUCUCGUCUUAUAAAUCCCUCAAAAAUGGUUCAACGUAACUCUUCCACCAAAGACACUAUGAUCGAUCGUGAAUGGCCUGCAAAUACUGCAUUCAUUGGUAGUAAUAGUUGA